CACCUGUGCAGGAUGAGAAACUGAUGGCUUUCUUCAUGUUGGAGGCCAACUGUUCUUGCUGAGACUGCAGAAUGAAAAGAUGGCACAGUUCUUUACUCCACCAGGUCCAGAUAGCUUCCGCACCUUCACUCAAGAGUCCCUCAAAGCUAUCGAGAGCCGGAUUGCUGAGGAGAAAGCCAAGAAACCCAAAGACAAAAAGAAGAAAUCCAAGAACGAGAAUGAGCCUAAACCUAGCCGAGACCUUGAGGCGGGCAAGCCGCUCCCUUUUCUCUAUGACAUUCCUCCAGGCCUGGUGUCGACUGCCCUGGAGGACCUGGAUCCCUAUUAUAACAAUCAGAAGACUUUUAUAGUAAUAAACAAGGGGAAAUACAUUUUUCGCUUCAACGCUGCUUCUGCCUUGUAUGUCUUGAGCCCCUUCAAUUGUAUAAGAAGAUUAUCAUUCAAGAUUUUGGUACACUCAUAUCCUUUUAACCUCAUGGUGAUCAUGCUCACCAUCCUCGUCAACUGUGGAUUCAUGACUCUGUCUACACAGCCUGACUGGGCAAAGAAUGUGGAGUACGCAUUUACCGCAAUCUAUACUUGUGAGUUCCUGGUUAAGGUGUUAGCCAGGGGGUUCUGUAUAGGAAAGUUCACAUUUCUAAGAGAUCCCUGGAACUGGCUGGAUUUCUGUGUCAUUGUCUUGGCGUAUCUCACUGAGGUUUCCGAUAAAAUUGGCAAUUUGUCCGCUCUUCGAACAUUCCGAGUGCUAAGAGCUUUCAAAGCUAUUUCAGUCAUCCCAGGCCUGAAGACAAUUGUUGGUGCGUUGUUUCAGUCAGUGAAGAAGCUUGCUGAUGUCAUGAUCCUGACUGUUUUCUGCCUGAGCGUAUUUGCACUAGUAGGAUUACAGCUGUUCAUGGGUGUUUUAAGGAGCAAGUGUAUUCGGGUGCCAGAUGAGGGGGAUAUGAUGUUUAAGCUCACCUUUUGUAAUGGUAGCGACAAUGUUUACAUAGGUAACAAAAGUAAUCAUUACUUCCUUCCAGGAAAUCGAGAUGCAAUGCUUUGUGGAAACAGCACUGCAGCUGGGCAGUGUCCAGAGGGGUAUAAAUGCUGUAAAGCCGGAACAAACCCAAACUUUGGUUACACAAGUUUCGACAACUUCGCUUGGGCCUUCCUUUCUCUUUUUAGACUGAUGACACAAGAUUACUGGGAAUUCCUUUAUCAGCAGACUUUGCGAGCUGCUGGGAAACCCUACAUGGUGUUUUUUGUCUUGGUCAUAUUCCUCGGUUCCUUCUACUUGAUCAACCUGAUUUUGGCUGUAGUAGCAAUGGCCUACGAGGAGCAGAGCCAGGCCAAUAUAAGGAAAGCUCAGGAAAAGGAAGAGGAGUAUCAGGCAAUGCUUGAGCAGCUCAAACAGCAGCAAGAGGACGCUGAGGCAAUAGCAAAAGGUAUGUCAGAAGAUGGACAGACCUUUGAUAAAGGUGGUGGCACUGAGAGUUCCUCUGAUGCGUCCAAGCUGAGCUCCAAAAGUGCCAAGGAGAGGCGUAACAGGAGAAAAAAAAGAAAAGAGGAGGAGGAAAAAGAGGUGUCAAAAGUUCCUAAAUCCAACUCUCUGGACAGUAUGAAGAGGGCUUGUUUCCGGUUCUCUGUGGAUGAAAACAUGCUCAACUAUGACAUGAAAUGCUCCCCCAUGCAUCAGUCUUUUCUGAGCUUUCGUGGACCACUGUUGUCAUCUAGACGAAACAGCAAGACCAGCUUUUGCAGCUUUCAAAGCCAGCCACAAGAUGUGAGCUCAGAAAACGAGUUUGCGGAUGAUGAGAACAGCAUUUUUGAAGACAACCUAAGUCGGAGGGGAUCCCUGUUUCAUGCUCAGAGGUGUGAUCGAUGCAGCAGCAGUAUGAGCCAGUGCAGCUUCUUACCGCAUCUCCGAUUUCAGCCCACUAGCGUCAGGCACAGCUCAGUAGACUGCAAUGGGGUUGUGUCUCUGGUGGAUGGGAAUUUUCUUCCAUCAUCACCACCUAUGGGGCUUCUUCUGCCUAAAGUGACACUAGAUGUGGCCUCCACUGGAGACAAUGCUGACACAACUGAUACAGAAUGCAGGAAGUCCAGUGGCGGAAACUACGGAGAGUUUUUGGACUUACUCGAGGCCCCCGAGUUCAGACAGAGAGCACAAAGUAUAGCUAGUGUCAUUACAAGCACUAUAGAUGAACUUGAAGAGUCGAGGCAGAAGUGCCCUCCUUAUUGGUACAAGUUUGCUCACACAUUCCUCAUUUGGGAGUUUUGUCCAGGGUGGAUGAAAAUCAAGAAAAUGGUCAACCUAAUUGUAAUGGACCCAUUUAUGGACCUAGCUAUUACCAUCUGCAUUGUACUGAACACAUUAUUUAUGGCCAUGGAGCAUCAGCCAAUGGAACCGUGGUUCAAAAACAUGUUGACUGUGGGAAACCUGGUAUUUACUGGCAUCUUCACAGCUGAAAUGGUUUUCAAGAUCAUUGCGUUGGACCCAUACUAUUACUUUCAAGGGGGAUGGAACAUUUUUGAUUCGCUCAUCGUCUGUUUAAGCUUGAUUGAGCUUAGUUUGAAGAAUGUGAAGGGCAUGUCUAUUUUGAGAUCAUUUAGGCUGCUGAGAGUUUUUAAGCUUGCUAAAUCUUGGCCCACUCUAAACAAACUCAUCAAAAUUAUUGGUAAUUCAGUGGGAGCUUUGGGAAACCUAACCCUGGUGCUGGCCAUUAUUGUUUUCAUCUUUGCUGUUGUGGGCAUGCAGCUGUUUGGAAAAAACUACAGGGACUGUGUGUGUAAGAUCUCUGAUGACUGUAGGCUGCCUCGGUGGCACAUGAGCGACUUCUUCCAUUCAUUCCUCAUUGUGUUCCGAGUGCUUUGUGGGGAGUGGAUAGAGACCAUGUGGGACUGUAUGGAGGUGGCUGGGAUCCACAAGUGCCUCAUUCUCUACAUGAUGGUCAUGGUUGUUGGGAAUCUUGUGGUGUUGAACCUGUUCCUGGCCCUGCUGUUAAGUUCAUUCAGUGCGGAUAACCUGGCAGCUGUAGAUGACGACAGCGAGAUGAACAAUUUGCAGAUUGCGAUUGGACGUAUACGCCGAGGCAAUGCUUAUAUCAAGUCACUGUUUCGAAGUACCUGCAACAGUUUAUGUCUCAGGGAUAAAAAGAAAAACAAGAGUGAAGACCAGUCUCUGGAUGAGCUCCACAAAUCUUUUGGACGAAAUGGUGUCCCUAGCUAUACCAUUAAAGACUUCUCUUUGGAUGGCAAUGGGGAUGUGACUGGUGUAGACAAAUCUGGAGACAAGUAUAUAGUCAACAGCAAGAGUGAUGAUUCCAUCUUGUCUUUCAUAAACAACCCAAGUCUGACUGUUUCUGUUCCGAUUGCUGCAGAGGAGUCUGACUUUGAAAUGCUCAACACUGAGGAUUUUAGCAGCGCAUCAACCAACUUACCCGAGUGCCACCUGGCUAUAGAUGAUGAUGGACAGUUCAGUUCCAGUUCAGAGGGUAGUACAGUGGAUGGUCAGCAAGAUGGAGAAGUACUUGAAAAUGACUAUGAUUUGGAAGUGAAAAAGGAACCCAAGGACUGUUUUACUGCAGAAUGUGUGCAAAAAUUUAAGUGUUGUCAGGUUAAUGUGAAUGUGGGCUUUUGGAAGCUGUGGUGGUCAUUCAGAAAAACCUGCUAUCAAAUAGUGGAGCACAACUGGUUUGAGACCUUCAUCAUCUUCAUGAUUUUGCUAAGCAGUGGAGCACUUGCUUUUGAAGACAUCUACAUUAAGCAGAGGAAGAUCAUAAAAAUAAUAUUGGAAUAUGCUGACAGAAUUUUCACCUUCAUCUUUAUUCUGGAGAUGCUGCUGAAAUGGGUAGCAUAUGGGUUUGCCAAGUAUUUUACAAAUGCUUGGUGCUGGUUGGACUUCCUGAUUGUUGAUGUUUCACUGGUCAGUCUUGUGGCCAAUGCUUUGGGUUAUUCAGAGCUCGGUGCAAUCAAGUCACUAAGAACUCUGCGAGCUCUGAGGCCCCUAAGAGCCCUGUCAAGGUUUGAAGGCAUGAGGGUCGUUGUCAAUGCCUUAAUGGGAGCCAUUCCUUCCAUCUUCAAUGUGCUGCUGGUUUGUCUCAUCUUCUGGCUCAUCUUCAGCAUCAUGGGAGUCAACUUAUUUGCUGGGAAGUUCAGCAGUUGUUUUGACACAAUCACAGAUAAGGCUUUUAACAUAUCACAAGUGAAAAAUAAACAUGCUUGUGAAAAAUUAAAUGAAACUGGCAAUUACACCGCACGCUGGAAAAAUCUCGCAGUCAACUAUGACAAUGUUGCCAUGGGCUACCUUGCACUUUUGCAAGUGGCUACAUUUAAAGGCUGGAUGGAUAUCAUGUAUGCUGCUGUGGACUCACCAGAAAACCCAGGCGAACAACCGGAUUAUGAAAGAAACUUUGAGAUGUACACAUAUUUUGUUGUCUUCAUCAUAUUCGGAUCCUUUUUUACCCUCAAUCUCUUCAUUGGUGUCAUUAUAGAUAAUUUCAAUCAGCAAAAAAAAAAGUUUGGAGGUCAGGAUAUUUUCAUGACUGAAGAACAGAAGAAAUACUACAAUGCAAUGAAAAAGUUGGGGUCAAAGAAACCACAGAAACCUAUACCUAGGCCGGCGAACAAUAUACAAGGAUACAUCUUUGACUUAGUCACAAAACAAGUAUUUGAUAUUGUGAUUAUGGUUCUAAUCUGGCUUAAUAUGGUAACCAUGAUGGUGGAAACAGAAUAUGACGAAAAUGAAAAAAAGCAGGUUCUCAAGAACAUCAACAUAGUGUUCAUAGUCGUCUUCAGUGGAGAGUGUCUGUUAAAGAUGAUUGCACUUCGACAAUACUUCUUCAUGAAUGGCUGGAAUAUAUUUGAUUUCAUCGUAGUCAUCUUGUCAAUUGUUGGCACAUUUCUCGCAAAUAUAAUUGAGAAGUAUUUCGUCUCGCCAACCCUGUUCAGAGUCAUACGAUUGGCUCGAAUUGGCCGGAUCCUCCGCCUUGUUAAAAGUGCCAAAGGGAUCCGCACACUCUUGUUUGCCUUGAUGAUGUCACUUCCUGCCUUGUUCAACAUUGGUCUCUUGCUCUUCUUGGUGAUGUUUAUCUACGCCAUCUUUGGCAUGUCAAACUUUGCUUAUGUCAAGAAAGAAAAGGGCAUUGAUGACCUUUUCAAUUUUGAGACUUUUGGCAACAGCAUGAUCUGUUUGUUUCAAAUUACCACGUCAGGGGGGUGGGACCUCCUUUUAGCGCCCAUGCUGAACACAGACACGGCGGACUGUGACAAUACAAUGGAGCAUCCAGGGAGUACAGUUAAAGGAAACUGUGGAAGGCCUUCAGUGGGAAUUGCCUUCUUUGUGAGUUAUAUCAUUAUCUGCUUCCUUAUUGUGGUGAACAUGUAUAUUGCAGUCAUUCUGGAGAACUUUGGUGUGGCAACUGAGGAGAGCGCCGACCCAUUAAGUGAAGAUGACUUUGAAAUGUUCUAUGAGGUCUGGGAAAGAUUUGAUCCUCAUGCAACACAGUUUGUCAAGUACAAUAUGCUUUCAGAAUUAGCAAAUGCUCUCAACCCACCAUUACGUAUCCCCAAGCCUAACAGAAAGAUACUCAUAUCUAUGGAUUUACCAAUUGUGAGUGGUGACCGCAUUCACUGCCUAGAUAUCCUGUUUGCCUUCACAAAGCGUGUUUUGGGUGAGAGUGCAGAGAUGGACAACCUGAGAGGACAAAUGGAGGAGCGCUUCAUGGCCUCCAAUCCUUCCAAAAUGUCCUACGAGCCCAUUACAUCCACCCUUCGCCGCAAACAGGAAGAUUUAUCAGCUGUUGUGAUUCAGAGAGCGUACAGACAUUUCGCAGUUAGGAGUAAGCUCUCUUGCAUACUGAAUGUUGACAUUAAAAACGACGAAGAGGUCACUGACAAACAACAUCUGAAUAAAAAAACUAAAAAAACUUCAGGCGCAGACAAAACUGAGCCGACGCCUUUGACGGACUCAUGCGACGUUCACGACGUGGCAACGGACGGGAAAAACAAAUGCGAAAAAGACAGAAGUGAAAAAGAGGUUGAGAGCAAAGAUGUCAAAGAACAAGACACAGAGGAGAGUAUUGGAGAGGAAGAAAAGACUUUGAAGGAAUGA